AUGUUAUUUGUCACCCAACUCAAGUUACACAAACACGUCUCCCAGCUCAACCUCAACAAUAUUAAAAAUAUUCAGCAUGUAACAGAUGUAACAGCUACCUCUAAAAACUAUACGCAACAACAAGUUUUAAAAUACCAAACAUCUCCCUGCUUGACAGCCAAUACAGAACCACUUCUACCUGCAGACUUUCUUACUGACUUCCAAGGCAAAUCGACUAUUCCUUCAAUUACCAAUCUGAAUCCACUAUUAAGAGUAAUUCUUAGCCAAUCAGAUCCUAAUCAAUCAAAAAACUUACAGUCAGAUCAUCCAACCCAACAAGAUCAGCCAUUCAAUUAUAAGAUAUCCCCUUUACAAAACUUCUAUAAAAGCAAUCUCUCAAUUUCUAUUGACUUAAACUUUCCUAUCCCAGAAGACAUAAAAAUGGAAAACUUCACAAGUUUCUACCUAUAUCAAGAAAGUAAAAACAUAUUCAGUAUCCAAGUAUCAAUUAGCCCCACCACUUCACCCAAUAUCAAUAACUUCCAAUAG